AACAAAAGCAACAUAAACGGCAAUCCAAAAAGUAAGUUAGAUAUUUUCCUGAUAAUUUAAUAAUGGUCGACUCAAAUGUUAGAAAAUGGGACCAGGUUUUUCAGGACGCUAUUCAUGGAGCUAUGCAGCUCCCACCACUCUGUGUAAAGAUUAUAAAUACAACACAAUUUUGGAGAUUACGUAAUAUAAAACAAUUAAGUUUGGUUAAUUACGUUUAUCCAUCAGCUUCACAUAAUAGAUUUGAGCAUUGUCUAGGAACAUGUUACCUAGCUGGGAAAAUGGUUCGCCAUCUUAAGCAGCAAAAUCCCGAUCUGGAAAUAUCUGAUCGAGAUAUACUUUAUAUACUUUGUGUCGAAAUUGCUGCUUUAUGUCAUGAUUUAGGACAUGCGCCUUUUUCUCAUGUCUUUCAAGAAAUUAUCAACGAGUAUCGAAACAAAAAUGGAGGUGAAGAGUGGGAACAUGAAGAUGCAUCAUGUCAAAUGUUAGAACAUCUUCUUGAAGAGAACCCAGGUAAAUCAGAAAAAUCUCAGAGACCAAAAUUUCUUUACCAAAUCGUCAACAAUAAAUCCUAUAACAUCGACGUUGAUAAAUGGGAUUACCUGGCUAGAGAUUCUCAUUUUCUUGGUUUUGGAAAAUCAUUUGAUCACGAGAGAAUGAUGAAAAUGUCCAAAGUAAUAGGUGAUAAAAUAUGCUACAGAGACAAAUGUCUUGAUAAUUUCUAUGAUAUGUUUUAUGCACGAUAUCGACAACAUAAAACUGCUUGCAAACACAAAACUGCUCUUCUGUUUAAUACACUGCUUGAUAAAGUUUUCAACUCUGCCAAUGAAGAACUCCAAAUUUUCGAAAAGGUCGACGAUAUGAAGGAAUUUACUUAUUUAACAGAUAAUAUUUUAGAGGAGAUAUCAAAGAAUGAGGAUAAUGUAAGUCUCAGAGAGGCCCGGAAUAAAUUGAAGGAUAUAAUCUAUCGGUCUUAUAAAUACAAAGGAACAAACGAAGAUGAAAAUGACCAGGACGGAGAAGAGAGAAUAUUCUGUAAAGCCAAUUUUGAUUUUGGAGCUGGAGAAGGAAACCCAUUAGAGAAUAUACCAUUUUAUAGAAAAGGUGAAACCGAAUCAUUCACUUAUAGUCAAGAACAACUAGAUGAGAGGCUUUUGCUGCCAAGCAAAUUUCGAAUGGAAAUCAGUCACUGUUUUGAAAAAAGCUGGAAGUCCAAUGAGUAGGAAACCUUAAGACCAAUUAAUGAAAACUAGGAAA